AUGACAGUUGCCAGAAACAUCGCAAGGGAGGAAGGCGUGCACAGAAAGGGCCGAAAUCAACAACAGGUUCGAACGUGCGCGGCGGCAACGCAACAUUCUUGUGCUCCCACAACGAAGCAAGUAUACAGGGUCGAAUAUUCGGAGCUUCCUCCUGCCCCAAUAAUGCAGGGCUCUGGAAUGGGGUAUCAAAGAAAAGAUAUCCUGGGAAUACGAGUAUCUCGAGAGGGAUACUGUGAUGCGAAAAGUGCGCAGCACUACUCGUAUCAACUGAGACGGCAAGGAACCGUGUGGACGAAGAAGAAGCCGAUGAUAUCAAAAUUUCAUCGCCUUCAAGCCAGAAUCAACUCCAGCGAAGAGCGUGGCGGACAUGCUGCUUACCAAUUCACGAUCAUGGCUUCAAUAGCCGCUCGAACCGCGCUCACAGCAGCCUACCCAUGGACCAGGACCCCUCUCGUCACCAGCGCGCCAAUGCUGCGCAUCGCGCUCGCCCCCCUGGCCGUUGCAGUGUCUCGCGCCGGCGGUUUGGGGUUCCUAGCGGCCGGCUUCGACAUGGCGGAUCUCGAGGCCAACUUUCAAAACGCCGUGCAGUUGGUCCGUCAGUGCCAAGUCGACAAGCCAGAUUUUACCGGUGCCGACAAGGACAUAUUGCCUGUCGGGGUCGGAUUUCUGAACUGGGGCGCGGAUAUCAGCCAGGCGAUCCCGCUGAUUGCAAAAUAUAUUCCCGCGGCAAUUGGAAACGUCGCAGAUGCCCUGAACAUCGCCCGCUCUGUCAAACCGGAUGUGCUCGUCGUCCAAGGCUCUGAUGCCGGCGGACACGGUCUUAAGCAGUCUGCGAGCAUCAUCUCGCUUCUCCCCGAAGUGAAAGAUGCGCUUGACGCCGAGGGUUUUGGAAACACCCCGCUCAUCGCGGCGGGGGGGAUCGUCGACGGUCGUGGUAUGGCUGCGGCGUUGUGUCUAGGCGCCGAGGGCAUAACCAUGGGCACGAGGUUUCUGGCCUGCGAGGAAGCGAAUAUCGCGUCGGGAUAUAGAAAGGAGAUUCUCCGCGUGCAAGACGGGGGGAUCGUCACCGGGAGGACAACCGUGUACGAUCGCGUGCGGGGGAUAAACAAGUGGCCCGAGGAGUAUGACGGGCGUGGCGUGCUCAACGAAAGUUAUAACGAUGCAGAGAAAGGCAUGUCCGACGAGGAGAAUCAAAGACUGUACGGGAUUGAGAUGAAAAAGGGCGACGAUGGAUGGGGUCCCACUGGCCGAAUGACGACGUAUGCAGGCACCGGCGUGGGACUAGUAAAGGAGGUCGUUUCGGCGGGCAAGAUUGUUGACGAUGUUCUGAGUCAAACUACGAGAAUAUUGCCGAGAUCCAGUAUGACUUGA